UUUACAGUCGUUGCUGUUCACACAUAUGUAAAUAACGAAGACGCAAACACGACAACCGGUUAACAGUACCGCCUAACAUUAACGUAUAAAUUAAUGUAACUUCAUUUAGAGCGUUUAAGCUGGUCUUGAAAUACCAACGUGUCUAAAUCGUAUACAUAUACAUACAUACAUAUAUAAGUAAAGAAAACGAUUUUUUAUCUUAAAUCAAUUCUUACUCUUAUAUGCUAAGUACAACAACAACAACAGUGUGUUUUCCGAAGUUGUAUAUAUUCAUGUGUUUUGUGGCUUCACAAAGCGGCAAUAACAAUCGCAGCAUUGUAGAAAAAAGUAUCACAACAAUAAAAGCAAUAAAAACCGUGAAGAAAGUGUCGCCUUAGUAGAAGUUGCUUCGCUGCCAGCAGACCACAAGACAAAGUCAGCGCCAACUCCCCCCUGCUAACAAACGAACUCACCACCAAGCAGCGGCAGAAGAAGACUGUAGCCGCCCCACGACGCGCCGAAAACAACAAAUACAAUAACCACACGCACGCAACGCGUUUUAUUUGCAGUUUUUUUUUGUACAAACACAAUAACAACAAUAACGGUAGACGAGCGCAAUAAAGUGAAAUUGCUCAGUUUAUAAUUUAUUUAAAUAAUAACCAAUCAAACAAUAAGAAGAAUAACAAUUAAGAAAGUGCGUCCAGCGGCAAAAAACAAAAAAAAAACGAACAAAAACAACAACAAAACAAACAACAACGGCCGCCAACAACAAUAAAACAAGCACACAACAAAAUGGCAUUUCUAAACAAAUUUGCAAAAAGUUUAUCCAUUGAUGAAAAGGCUGAGAUAAAAGAGAAAUUUACAGAAUUGGAUUCCAACAAGGAUGGAUUCAUCGACCUUCACGAGCUCAAGGAUGCCCUCAAUCAGGUUGGGUUCAAGUUGGCCGGCUAUCAAGUGCGUGAAAUGAUCGACGAAUUUAAGAGCAAACAACGCACCGCCCAUCAGGGCAAACUUAAUUUGGAUGAAUUCGAAACCUUGUGCUUGGACCUAAAAUCUAAAGAUGUGGCAAGUACAUUUAAGACGGUCGUCUCGAAAAAGGAGAAUCUUGAGACGCUGGGCGGCAUGUCGAGCAUCUCUUCGGAGGGCACCACGCAUUCGGUACGACUGGAGGAGCAGCUGGCCUUCUCUGACUGGAUCAAUUCGAAUCUUGGUCAUGACAAAGAUUUGCUACAUUUGCUGCCCAUCGAUAGCGAGGGGAAGGGCCUAUAUCCAUCGAUUAAGGAUGGCAUCCUACUGUGCAAAAUCAUCAACCACUCCUGCCCCGACACAAUUGAUGAACGCGCCAUUAACAAGAAGAACCUGACAGUCUAUCGCGAGUUCGAGAACCUGACGCUGGCGCUGGUCUCCUCGCAAGCUAUUGGGUGCAAUAUUGUGAAUAUUGAUGCCCACGAUCUGGCCAAGGGAAAGCCGCAUUUAGUGCUGGGCUUGCUCUGGCAAAUCAUCCGCAUUGGUCUGUUCAGCCACAUCACUUUAGACAGCUGCCCAGGACUUGCGGGUCUGUUAUUCGACAACGAGCGUCUGGAGGACUUGAUGAAAAUGUCCCCGGAGGCCAUAUUGUUACGCUGGGUCAAUCAUCAUCUGGAGCGGGCGGGUAUUUCGCGUCGCUGCACAAAUUUCCAAUCGGACAUUGUCGAUUCAGAGAUAUAUUCGCAUCUGCUGAAACAAAUUGCGGGUAACGAUGCAAAUGUCAAUUUAGAUGCCCUGCGUGAGACAGAUAUGACACAGCGGGCAGAAAUUAUGUUGCAACAGGCGGCUAAAUUGAACUGCCGCAGCUUCCUGACGGCCCAGGAUGUUGUCAAUGGCGUGUACAAAUUAAACUUGGCCUUUGUGGCAAAUCUGUUCAAUAACCAUCCUGGACUGGAUAAACCUGAGCAAAUUGAGGGACUCGAAUCCAUUGAGGAGACGCGCGAGGAGAAAACGUAUCGCAACUGGAUGAACUCCAUGGGUGUCUCACCGCACGUGAAUUGGCUGUAUUCGGACCUGGCCGACGGUCUGGUCAUCUUUCAGCUUUUCGAUGUCAUCAAGCCGGGCAUUGUGAAUUGGAACCGUGUGCACAAGCGUUUUACACCUUUGCGCAAAUUUAUGGAGAAGCUUGAGAACUGCAACUAUGCUGUUGAUUUGGGCAAGCAGCUCAAAUUCUCCCUGGUUGGCAUUGCUGGUCAGGAUCUCAAUGAUGGCAAUGCGACAUUGACUUUGGCACUUAUCUGGCAACUGAUGCGCGCGUAUACCUUAUCCAUACUCUCACGCCUGGCUAACACAGGUAAUCCCAUAAUUGAGAAGGAAAUUGUACAGUGGGUGAACACUCGGCUGUCUGAUGCGGGCAAGCAGUCACAACUGCGCAACUUUAAUGAUCCAGCCAUAGCCGAUGGCAAAAUUGUCAUUGAUCUGAUCGAUGCCAUCAAGGAGGGCAGCAUUAAUUACGAGUUGGUGCGCACCAGCGGCACAGAAGAGGACAAUUUGGCGAAUGCCAAGUACGCCAUCUCCAUGGCGCGCAAAAUUGGUGCCCGCGUCUACGCCCUGCCCGAGGACAUUACCGAGGUCAAGCCGAAGAUGGUUAUGACUGUGUUUGCCUGUAUGAUGGCAUUGGAUUAUGUGCCAAACAUGGAUAGUGUGGAGCAGCAGAAUCAGAACAACCACAACAACAGCAACAGCAAUUGAUGAGGCCCUCAUGUGGCACACAGCCGGAGCAGCGAAAACUCAAUAAUAUGUAUACAUACAAGUAUACACGUAUAUAUUAUUACAAUGCAUAACAAUAUUAUUGAAAACAGAGGAUAACUAUGUAAACAAGAAGGCGUACAUUGUAUUUGCUUAUUAAUUAACUAACGUUUAAAAACCUACCGCGGCGCCCCAAACAAUUAUAACUACAAAAGCCAACAACAAAAACACGUGUAAUGUCGCACUUAACAUUUUGUCCUUCUGACACUUCUUAAUUGUAUUUUAAUUUAAUUUUUUUUCGUACUGUAAUUAAGAAUGAAAGCUGAAUUGGAAGGAAGCAGCACAUUCUGUGCCGUACAUAUUCUGUAUUAGCUAUAUCUAUAUAUUUAUAUAUGUAUUAUAUAUACAUGCAUUUCUUUCGUAACCUUAUUUUAUAAAUAACGGUUUGCUUUUUGUA